AUGGCUUCAUUUCAGCGUUAGACUUCGACAAACUGUUGUCAAAAAGUGGACAAGACGCUGUUUCUGCUGCUUUUUUCGUGUUAAAUGGACUAUCGGUGAUGUAGUUUUAUGAAGACGUCGAAUUAACUACAUUGAUUUGGCAUAAGUGCCACUUUUCUCAUGAUCACUCCUCAUGUGGUGAAGCCCUGUGUCAGUGAGUCACACAGACAUGGAGAACUUCCAAAACAUUGAGGAUGAGCCUUUUCCAAGCUUCCUUUCAAACUGCUCGCUGGGCAGCAGUGGCCGUGCCACUCUUGGCAACAUGACACUGGGCUCCUCGCUCGGGAUGCCCAUGGCCGCCUCUACUGUGGCUAAAAUUAGAGCUCCAUUAGACAACAGAGUAACUGAUGUCCAUGCAUCGUAUUUAGAGGAUGGGCAGUUCUCACUUAUUCAUUCCCAGGGGUCAGAGAGGGUCAGAGAAAAAUUUGUUCUUAGCCUCAAAGAAGAUUUAGACAAUGUUGAUGAUUUCAUUGCUGCAAAUCGUUUCUCCGACGUACUGGUGAAUGUCAAUUUGGAUGAUACAGAAUACGCUGCAGUUUCCAAAACAACUUCAGGAAGGAUGGGCCCAUCUCUUGUGUCAGGUUCUGUUCCACUUCAAACCACUGAUCUCUCAACUGGUCUGCUGUCAUUCUCUCAUAUUGGAGACAAAGAUACAAUGGCAGCUCAGGCCACACUGCUCCCAGUUAUGAUUGAGGAAGAGGAGGGUUCUUCAAGUGAAAGGUGCAGUGGCAGCAUCACUAGCUUCUUGGCCAAUGAGAAGCUGAUAUCUCUGGACUGCAUGAACAGUGAUGUCACAGAUGAUGAAAUUGAUGUGAAUCAACUCCAUGAUGAGGAACUGGAACUAUACUUCAACAAGCUGAUGCCCCCAACAAUGCAAAGAGGGCAAAUAGAAGGACAAGAAAUCCCUGUUGAGAUGUCUUCCAGUUCAUCUCAACCCAACUCCACAGAACCAGAGAAGAACAGACACUGUGUCCAUGAUGAGUAUGACCAAUGGGACUUUCGCAUGCCUGAUGUGCGGCUGGCGGCCACAGGUAUGGAUUCAUGUCCUGCUAGUGAUGAAGAGGAUACAGAGGAUGAACUGGAGGCUUCACAGAACCGGGGCAGAUCCAGGUUCCUCCUACCCACCACCUCAAGACAGCUGCUUGGAGAGAGCCAUCGCCCUCAUUUUCGGCCGGGCUUGGAAGGGGGGAGCUCUGAUGAUGAUUCAGAGACUGGAAGCAGGUACACUGACACCGGGACAGGCAUUGAAAACCGCUGCUCAGCAGAGGGACAGGUCAUUAACUCACGCAUUACAGGAGAUGGAGGAGGAGGAGAUGGGAGCAGUGGGAGUGAAGAGGAUGGGAAUGAUGGAGGUGUAUCUACCAUUUCUUUGCCAUCCUCCAACAUCCAGAGCACCUAUGAUGUGCUGCGUGGGCUGGGUAUCGUGGGAGGAAGCGCAGAGGGUGGAAAUGAUGAUCAGCUUCAGUCUUUGCUUGGCAGAUCAGGCAUGGUUGUGCAUGGUCAGAUGGGUGUCCGUGUUGGUCCAGUCGGCACAGGGGAGGUUGGUCAUACUGCUAUGGCAUUUGGACCUUCCAGUCAAUGCCCAGUCAAUUGGAGCAUGAUUCUGGACAGACAAGAAGCUCUUGAUGCAAUGGAUAACCCAUCAGAAGUUCAUCUGAACAGGGCAAGUGCUGGUCACAACCCUCGGGACAUUUCUGCAUCUGUUAACCCUUUCCUUCAGGGCACCCAGAGCAGUUUUCACCUCUCCCAGGUACUUCAGGAAUCUCAUAAUAAAACAGAGCAGGUGACAGACCUUGGGCAAUCUGUGGAUCUUGGUGCCCUGGGGCUUCGUGGUGGACCUUGUGGGGAUUCUCCAAUCCUCAGUGAGCAGCAGAGCAACAGCAGUGAUCAUUCUGGAGAGUGUCUGGAUCCCAAGUACCUCUCUGAGAGCUUUCAUGAGAAUGAUGAGGAACAUAGAGAUAUUUGGAAUCACCAACCAGACAGUACAGAGCUUGGUUUCCAGCAAGGGGCAAACACCACUCAUAGUGUGGUCUAUCAGAAUGAAGAGGGAAAGUGGGUCACCGAUUUGGCCUAUUACUCUUCUUUUGAGAAGGAGAUGGAGGCAAAUAUGCCUGAGGAAGUUGCUAUGCAGUUUCAGUCUGAGGAUUUUAUUGGUGCUAGUCAGGCCAUUGAAAAGAUAAUUGAGGAUCAAGAGGAGUUUGAAAAGGAACACCAAUUUAUGCAGGAAGAGCAAAUACAGGUAGUUAAUCCAAGUGAAGUGCUUGGAGACACCUCUUGGAAAGUCCCAAUCAAUAGCCACAUCCUCAUGAGGGCUUCCCAAGUGUCUUCUGAAUUUGAAGCUGCUAACCAGAGUUAUCGGCGUAUAUCCCUGGGGGAGUUUUUUCAGAGGCGAUCUGAAGCACUGGGAUGUCUUGGGAGCAAUGAGGAGGACCAUAUUAAAAGGCCCUCUUUUGGUUAUGUUAUCACCUCCCCUGAGAAGAGGGAGCCCAUUGCAUUAAUCCGGCCCUCCGAUGUCUUCUUCAGAGGAAACUCCAUACACAGCGAGACAGUUCAGCAAAAUGAUGCAGAUGAGACACUCAAUACAGAUGAUCUAGACAAGACUCUUGAGCCCAACCCACCUGAAGUCCCAAAUGAGAAUGAAGUGCAACCACAAACAACUGAACAAGAGGUUUCCCAGACCUCUGCACAAAAUGAAGAUAAGGAGAUUUCUGGCCAUUGCUCAGAGUCGCACAACUCUAGCAUCAACCUUAUGCUCAGCAUCAGUACAAUUGCUUCUGCGAUCGCUGAUGCCUCCAUUAGCUCAGACCCAACCCAGCUUGCUGCCAUGAUCAUGGAGCUAUCCAAAAGAAGUCGCUCUAAAAGCUGCCAACAGGUCGCAGAUGAGGCAGGCCCAAGUUCGUUAGCAGCUUCCAGUCAGAACAGUCUACUGGGGGACCUGCAGAAAUCCACAUUGCUGGGAGAUCUGAGCACUCCUGACAUGGAGAAAUAUCUAAUGAAGGCUGAAGUGUUGAGUAGUGACAGCGAUGGCUCCACCUCGCAAUCCUGCCUGGACAUCCUCAACUUGGCUGAUAAUUUUGCCAAUUCUAACAAACAGACUCCACAGCAGUUGCCACCUCUGGAAAAUGGAACCUCUCAACACAAUGAAGAGUGUUCUGUUGUCAAAGAGAAACCAGUAAACAAAAAAUGCCAGGUUCUCCAAGGUUAUGAAUCCAAACAAACAGAGGACACUUAUGUUGUGUUGGCAACUCCAAGAUCAGAAGUCAAAAGAAAUGCUGUUCUGCAACCCAAGACUAGCAGUUUACCAACUGCAACUGCACAUCUAGCCAAAAGAUCUCUGGGUUCUGGGCAGUCAUCCUCAUUGUCUUCAUCCUUCAAAUCAAAACCUGCUAAUUUCAAGUCAGGAUUUAAGACCAGCAAAAAUGAACAUCGAGCAAUACCCUCCAAAGGUAAGAGCGUCCCUGAAUCCAGGAUCAAAAUAGGAACGGGUGGACCGCAAUUGGCAAGCCCUACUGCCACAGGUAAUCUCCGUUCUCUGAAAGGUGACUGCUCUACAUCAGAUCCUGCUUUUGUGCCAAAGACCUCACCUGGCGUUCGAAGUGGUGGCCGCUCAGAGCUGCCAACAUUUAAGACCUCCCCACAUGCACCCAAACACAAGACCAUUGGAGACCGAACAGUCAAACCAAUCAUAAACCAGACACGAUCACCCAGAAGCCCCAAAGGCACUCAGUCGGUUUCAAAAGAGAACAUUGUAGCUGUUGAAUGCCAGGAUUCACUUCCAACAACACAGGGAAAAUUUGGCUCACCAGAGAGCAGUGCCCCUGGUGUUGUGGAGGUUAGCCAUUGUAAUUUCAGACCAUCUACGUCCCCCCUUACCCACUCCAGUCCAAGCCAGACUUCCAUUCCCAAUGGAAAUGGGGAGAUUUCUCCUUGCUCACCCAGCAGUGGGAAGACUCAGAGAAGCCCUGCUAGAGAUCCUGGUUCCCCUCAGUCUCAUUGCUCAAGCCCAUCUCUCAGCAGACUCACAUACAUCUCCAUUAAUGAGAACUCUUGUAUGCCCACCCCUGACCACCAUAAGAAAAACGCCUCUAUGGCUCUAAGCACCACCAUUAUCAGAGCAAGCCCAACUCCUCCAGUAGAGCUGUUUGAUAAUGAAAAUAUUCUGGGUUCUUCAAAGAGUCCUGGACCUCUUUGCUAUUCUCAAAUGCCAGGCCUGACCCAAAAAACCUCAGAACUGGGGUUGCGUAGCCAAAGUGACAGUGACUUCCAUAAGGACUACAGAAAUAGAUAUGGUGAAGACAACCGCCAGUCUGAGCCUGGGACAAGGCUGUACAUUCAAGGCAUGGCUGGGAUCUCAGGUAAGUUAAACAUUCAGCAUCCAGCUGGGACAUUCACAGAACAGCUGUUGCCUCAUGUCUUAGGAUCUGUAUCUCUUUUUGCCAUUGCAGAUGAGUUGACAUAUGGAUCUGUCCCAAAGUACAGCUCUCAGGGUGCCCUACCAAAUCUUCCCACUGCUGUACCCACUCUGCUAACAGGAUACUCUCUCUUUAGUACCCAACUGGCACAGCAGUAUAUGAGCUCAGAGGGACCUCUACAUGCUCCAGCCCGUCAGAUAGGUGGGCCAUCUGUAUUGUAUGGAGUGUCAACUGCAGUCCAUGGUGCAAACCCAUCUAUGGGACAUAUGCAUGUACCUGGACCUACAAGUCUUCAGUCUGGUUAUCUGAGCACUGGUUCACAUUCUCCUCCAAAGAACUACGGGCAGCCAAGUGUUGGGUCAUGGGCCGCACAAGACCUUGCAGAUCUUAGAACUCAAGUGAUUGUUCCUGAUGAGCUUAAGUUUCCCAGUUCCUGUUGUGUUGGAAUUGCAUCUCAGACAACCCUCAACAUUUUCAACCCCUCUGAGUGCUGGCAGCAAGUCUCCAUCUCCAUCACAAGCCUAUCCAUAGAUGGAGAGAAGGUGGAGUCUCUCCCAUUCCAGUGGCUAAUAGUAAAGAAUAAGACUAUAAUUGGGCCCAAAUGUACAGAGGAGCAAAAGGUUUUGUUUAUAGCUCCUAGGGCUGGACUCUAUCAGUGUACACUUAGUGUAUCAUCCUGGACUGCAUCUGCAGAGAUGGAUACCGUGGUACAUGCUGAAGUAUUUGCCAAAAAAGUGGCGCUUAUUGCUGUGGCUGAGAACCCCGCAAUAGAGGUAGAUGUUGGAAAGACGGGCUGUCUGAACUUUGGAGACCUGGCAGGGGGCAGUGCCAAGGCCCUGCCACUCAAACUGGUCAACAGGACUCAUGCCACAUUGCCAAUUCGACUUGUUAUUAGUGCGAAGGCCUCUGCAUGGCAUUGUUUCGGCUUCUCGAAAAGUCCUGAUGCUAUGACCACGAAUGGUUCCCUUCAUUCUGGCUCCAACUUGACCUCGCGUUCAACUUCGUCAGUCAUAAACCAUAUACUGCAUGCCAGUAAUGCAGAGAAUCAAGAGAGCUUCUUGGUGUGGGUUAAUUUCAACGCCCCUCAUAAGUACAUUUCAAGUUCAGGUGAGUUAGAGCCUGCUGAUGAAUACAAUGCACGGGUGGAUAUCGAGGUGGACAGUCCAGGCCCCAGUAAUGUGAUCCAUAGUGUGGCUUUAAGGGCAAGGUCUGGCACUCCCAGAGUACAUGCACCCAAAGACCUGCAGACCGUUUGUCUUCAGGCUCCUUUGGGGCAGACAGCCAAGCAGACUCUUCCCUUGAAGAAUGCUGGCAAUAUUGAUGUCCUGCUCAGACUUAAGUGUACUGAUGGGGACAGCGACUUCUCUGUGAAGCCAGAGGAACUGACUCUGAGAGCUGGAGAGGAGCAAGGUGUAGUGGUGUCCUUCACUGCUCAGGGCACACAGAAGCUGAGGGAGAGCAUGUUGACUAUUCUGGUUUUGCCGGGUUGGCCGCAGUAUGAGGUGAUGCUGAAAGGUGAGAUGGUCCAAGGGAUUUCUGGGAAGGUGGCAAGAUCCCCACCUGCUGUAUUACCACAGGCUGAAGUCCCACCCAUCCUCUCCAACAAACAGUUCAUGGCCUGGGGAGGGGUUACUCUGGGCAGAGCAGUGCAACAGAAACUGGUGCUAAGGAACAAUUCCCCAACUACAUCACAGCAACUCAGACUUCUCAUCAGGGGGCAAGACCAAGACUGUUUCCAGCUGCAAAGUUCAUUUGGCCCAGAUGAGAGACUAACACGUAAUAGAGAGCUGUCAAUCAAACCCAAAGAGGAUGUGACCGUUCACCUGCUCUUUGCUCCCACCCGUGUUGCCUCAAUGCUAGCCAAACUGGAAAUCAAGCAGUCUGCUGCAUGUGCUUCUCAGCCUGGGGUCAAAUUCACAAUUCCACUAUCAGGCUAUGGCGGCACGAGUAAUGUGAUCCUUGAGGAGCUGAGAAAGCGUUCUGAUGGAUAUGUUGCUACUCUGAGUGGAGUGCAGAUGGGCCGUGUCAGUAAGCUGUGUGUGUGCGUAAGGAACACUGGUUCACGUGCUGCCUUUGUGAAAGCUGUACCCUACAGUGACCUGCAGAGCCGAACUAUCAUGGACUCAACCAUUAUCAGUCUGUCCCCUUCACAGUUUAUCCUAAAAGAGAGAACACAGGAGGUGAUCACAAUAGCAAUGAAGGCGUCACACAGAGAGCAGGCUCUCUGUCAGUCCGGUGCAGCUCUUUUCGCCACCAUCUGCCUCUUCUGUGGGGACGAGGUCUCUCGACAGCAGUUUAGGAAGUUACUACAGAGUAAACCAGAGGCAGGGAAGAAAGUACUGUCUGAAAACAGCUUAUUAAAGAGUAUCCCCUUUGAUGAGAUGUUCCUCGGAGAUGAGCUAGUUCAGGAAGCCUAUGAUCUGCCUCAAAGGCCUAAUGAAGCUCAGAUUUUCUAUGGCAACAUGAGCAAGGUGAUGCUGUCAUUGUUUGGAACUGUAGAAACAUCAGACUCCGGAGAGAGCGACCAUAUGGAGGCCAUCAGACCUUCACAACAGCACCAUCCUGACACAGACAGUGGUUUAGGGUCAUCAGGCCGUUAUAUCAGUAAUGUUUCUCUGGAUGUGCUGCCAGUCAAAGGGCCUCCAUUAAGCUCAUCAGAACCUGUGCUGAAACAAACUGAGCUGAACCUGGAGAACACCUGGAGCAUCAAGCCUGAACAGCUGGUUCUUAGUGCACCCACAAUCAACAGUGUGGCUGACACCAGGCAUGUGAAGAUACUGAACCGCUCAAACAGGGUGCUGAGCUUUGAGCUGUCAUGGCCUGCUCACUGCCUUACCAUCACCCCACAGCACGGAGUCAUUGAACCUCAGAGUCACUUGCAAAUCCUCAUCAGUCCCAAUCCCUCCCUGGCAACCAAGUACUCCAUUCUGCCCUGGAGUGGACAGAUAUACAUACAGUGUGAUGAUCAACAGAAGUCCAUUAAAGUGCAGAUCCGGCAGGAUCUGGCAAUGGAUGUUUCAGCUGCUAGCUGUAUUGCAGACCGAUCUCUGUGCCCAUUGCCUCCCCAGGCUGAGACCCCUACUGUAUCAGAGCAGAAACCUCAGGGCAGCAGCACUCGGCCUCAGGUUGAGAUUAAGAAUCGAACCCUGGUCUUUCCACCCACUGCCUCUGGAGAAUCAUCAGAAUGUUCUUUAGAGGUGGAUAAUCAUGGAGAGGACGUGAGGUGGUACCUAUCUUCAUUUGCUCCUCCAUAUGUCAAGGGUGUGGAUACCAGUGGAGGUGUUUAUCGUGCUACAUACUCUGCCUUCAGAUGCGAGAAGGUGUCCGGGACUCUUGGCACACAAGAGAGGAUGAAGGUGCCAAUCACUUUCCUCCCACAUGACAGAGGAGAUUAUGCCCAGUUUUGGGAUUUGGAGUGCCACCCAGCAGCCAAACCCCAGCAUAAGAGCAGAAUUCGCUUCCAGCUCUGUGGCACUGGUGUAAGAGCAGACGAUGGAUCCAGUGUAAAACAAAAUUGCUCACUGGUGAAAACAGAAGUCACUGUGAAGAACAGGACAAGACUGGAGUCUGCAGGCUCAAAGAUGGGAUCCCAAACCGAGUCUCAAAAGAGAGGUGUGUAUGCACCCCAGAGUUUGUACACAUUUCCUGCCACACGUGUGGGGACCACCAGCACACUGAAGGUUAACUUCAGAAAUAACUCCUCCAACACACACGAGCUAAAAUUCACAAGUCCUCAAGAGCCUUUCCUCAUCAGGCAUUCAAAUUAUUCCCUAAGAUCACAACACUACAUCAACCUCCCAGUGCAGUUCGUGCCAGCCACUGCAGGCCAGUUCUCCGGCACGCUACUCGUACAGACGGACACAGAUGCUAAACUCGCCAUUGAGCUCAUUGGAGAAGCCUUACUGUAAAGACCUGCUCGUAUUCACUCACCGCCAGCAGAGGCCACUGCAAAACAAAGCUAAUGAUACAUAAUUUUGAUCCGAACCUCUGACUUUUCUUCUAAAUACCUUGGAAAAAGAAUGUCAAAUUUAGUGUUUUAUUCUGCCCUUUUUGUAUUCCUUAUCAACUGUUAUUUUGUAGCUAUGGCCUUUUUGGAUAAGCACAUUACAAUAUGGAUAUUAUAUAUCCAGCAUCACAACUCAGAACAUUUGUCAGAAACUCUUAUUGUUGCGUUGCCACCUUUCAUCAAGAUUGCAAUCUUUAAUGUCAAGUUUUUGUUUGUCAGUUUUCCUAUCGCUUUCUACCUUGUAAAUAUUUUUGUUGCUGUUGUGUGAUUUUGUUAGGUCAAACUGAACUCGCCGGUUUACAGAAGAAUGUUACCAGAUGGAGCCAGAAACAUGUUUUUAAGAUAUGCAUCACAAUUAGUUGAAGACUGCACAUGCUCUGAACAAUACAAAGUCACUUUGUGUGUUAUUGUGUCCUAUGUAUUUAUUUUAAAUCACUGUUGUUGAUAAAAAAUAAAAAUAGCUGUAUUAACUGACUUUAUAUUUGGCCACCUAACAUGUAUUCUGACUUCU